AUGUACAGCUGCCCGACCGAAACCAAGCAACAAACGGCUCCGUUUGCCCGAGCACAGCAUAGUCCGAUCUACCAAGCAAUCAACAAGUACGAUGAUCGACCGAAGUUGCCGUCGCAGUACUACGACGGGAUGCAAAAUUCCUUAUCAAACAACAAACCACAACGAUGUGAGGAUAAGAUCACACCGUAUGCUGGUGGACAGCGGAUCGAUGCCGUGCGCCUGCCAUCUACGCCAUGA